AGGUAGUCCAGUCAUCGUCAUUGCAUUGUUUGCCCGCAAUACCACACAUGAAGCGAAUACGAUACACCAUCUCACCUGCUUCCUUUGCUACGGACUACACGCAAGCAUUAAAUUUUCUCUUGGUUUUUAUUUUGCGCGACUUUGGCAAAGGAUAACCUGCAUCCUUCAUCCAUCACACUUUCUAACAAGAGGUAGUAAAUCGGUUCCGUCAUAGUCUAGGAAUCGAGCUUCACGAUUCAAAGGCCGAAACAAGACUCUAGGAAAUAUUCCCAAACAUCAAGACCAGAGGAACAUUAAGAUUGGACAGACGAUUUACGAGUCGACUAUGGACGUAUCACCACUCCUCUCACCAGAGGUCGUCGCAGAGUUGAGGGAGGACCUCAGACGAGACUGGCUCAUAACAGAAAAUGAAGAAUAUCGACUUGAGCUCGAGCAAAUCUGGUCACCUCCCAAUCCACUUCUCUACCCCGAUCAUAAAAUGCUUGAUAAAAUGCUUGAACUCUACAGCAUCGAGAAUCCCCAAAAACGAGGCCAUAAAAUACCGUACAUCGAUACAUGGAAGGAAUACCUAUUCUACAACAAAGCCACAGUAUUCUACUGGACUCAGUCAGCAACCAACAGCAUGGUCGGCCGUAAUGGGCCGGUGAUCCUAGGUGGUAUCUGGAAUGCUUGGUCCGAUGCUCUGGGCAGAGAACCACAAAUACAACUUGAUGAAUUCUUUGCUGUUCCCGUAAGCGUUAAGGAAGAAUAUGCAAAGACAGUCCCAGGGAUACUACGAGUGCACGAGCACAUUUUCGCUCAGGUUCGAAAGACGGUGGAAGAAAACAACAGAGCUAAUGCCGUUAUCAAAUCGUGCAAGCCUUGGCCGGACCCAAGGUACUUCAAACUACUUUCGAUUUGCGAAGCACUUAUAGUAGUGUUCGACGAGUACAAGUCCGUGGCCGCUGAGAAGCACGCAGACGGCUUCCGUCACUACGACGACGUUGCCCAGAACCAGAGCAUCAUAUUGGCCCGAACGGGUCACGAAAAUGGACUUAGCGCACCUAUUAGCUUCGAGUCUUUGAAGGAUAAAGCCUUACCUCUCGCAAGAAGUGAAGACAUGGGAACCAUUGAUGUUAUUCGAAACCCUUUGCAAGUUGGCGUCCAUUUUGUGGCUAACCUUCUAUUACGUGAAGAAGCCGCAUUUCCAGAAUCCGCGAUGGCAGCACCUCAUAUAUCGAGGGAAGCAGACCAUCCGUUUAUGAAGUGGGAGAGAGAAGCGCAAGAUUAUGGAGAAGAACAAUUAGCGCGUGCACAGGCACGAGGCAAGAUCGAACCAUUUACAACAGUAGCAGCUGUGAAGAAGGCCGUGCUGCUCCACAGGCUUGGCAUAUAUCCCCCAGAAACCUAUGAUCCGUAUCCUUUUAAGCUUGGUUGGAUCUGAGAUUCAUGCCAC